ACUCAACCCGGAGAUAAUGGGAUUGGCUGCCAUAAAAUAUGCUAGAACGGUUUUCGUUCCUUUCCAUAACAAGAUAUGGUUGUGGUGUUGGGGAGCCAGAGGAGGUGGUGUGUUGGUCUUCCAUUACGCUCACCACCUCCAAUUCUCAUCCUUCCUUCCUCCACUAUCCUCAUCCUCCUCCUCCUCUUCCCUUGCUUAUCAAUCAAAAUUUUCAUUUUUUUUUGUUUACACUAGUUCGUGAUUUGUUCCCUUUUCUAGGGUUGUUUGUAGUCCCAUCAGGCAAACCACAACUGUUGGAGAGGGACCAUACCCAGGAAGGAAACCAAUCAUGGUUUUCCUCCCAUAAAGCAAAAAGAAAACAAAAUAUUAUUUUUCCAUAUAUAAUCUUCUUCCUUUUGAUUUUGAUGGAGACCUCGUACACCUCAUUACUUCAAAAACCCCUAAAUUUCAAUUUCCUUGCAAAAUCAUCGAAGAAGCUCACUGUCAUCCUUUGUCCUUCUCCCUUCUUUUGGGCAUCUCUUUCUUCCUCUUCUUUCACCUUAAGUUCGAUCCCAUUCUUCAUCAGUAGUGUUAUAUAGGUGUUUAAGGCGGGAUAUAACCAUGGUUGUCUACUGGAUAUGGAGUUUCUGGAGUCGAGUUAGAAGAAGAAUAUUUUAUGGAAAAAUUGUGAGGACCAUCUUUGAGAACAUGACUGACUAUGAUGGAUCCGAUGCCAGCUCAUGUCAUGGUUCGGAUUCGGGUUACGAUGAUUCCGGGUUACAAUGUUCUUGUGGAUUGCCAGCGAAGCUACGUAUGUCUCAAACCGCCAGGAAUCCGUUCCGGUUGUUCUAUGACUGUCCAAGGAGAUACGAUCAAUGUGGCUUCUUCCGGUGGUGUGAUGAGCCAUCUUUAACCGGCGAUAGACAUGCUGAUGAGCUAAACCUGAUCCGUCAUGAGUGCUCUAGACUUCAACGAAGGUACCUGAAAGCCCAACAGGACCACGAGAAUGACAGAGAGAAGUGGGAAAUGGAGAAAGAAGAGCUGAUGUCCACACUGUAUAAAGUUCAAGCCGAGCUUGAUGAAUACAUACAGAGGGUUAAACUUGCUGCUGAGUCUGAUCUCAUGCCACCAGUUGAACCGAUGUGGAGCAGUGGCAAGCAUGAAACUGACGAUGGUGAGGGUGCAAUCGAGAUUCACGCUAUAUAGACGAUAAGUCUUGCAAGCUUGUAACUUUAAUUUGGACGGGAAAUAAGUCUCUGGGUUGGGGGGGUUGGCUGGCAAUGGCAGGCAUAUUUUUCAGAGAUGUCAAGUCCGCUUGGAAAUGGGCUUCUCUUUUGGUUGCUCUACUCAUCUCUUGUGAGUUAUGGAACAAUUAAGAGUGAGUCUCAAUGAGCCGGGAAAGAAGAAAAUUGUACCUAACUAGACGAACUAGUACUUGCAGCUUGUAUAUGCGCUACUUUUUCUCAAGUUUGGUUAUAACAGGAUUCCAAAUAUCUCUCAGUUUCUUCCUGAUUGCGAUCGAGCAAG